UGUUGGCUGAGUGCUGAUCGGACACAAAUGUGUUAUCAGAAACAACUAAAAACCUCACUAAAGUUGGGGACGGCCAACACCACAGCUGCGAGCGAGUUUCAACUUUUGACAAUUCUUUGAAAGAAGGAACUUCUAUAUAGCUGAGUGCUGCUUGUUUAGGAGUGUAUAAUAAUGGGUUGCCUUCUCAAAAGUGUUGAUUUGGUUGUUAAAAUCUUUAAAGAUGGCGGCCGUAUUGGUUGGCUUGGUGUUACGGGUUUAUUCUCGGUUUGGGUUGUAUGGAUUGGUAUGAUUAAGGGCCUUGCUCUGAUGUUACCGACGCUACAAGAACAGUUCAAUGCUUCAACUUGGUUGGUUGGAUGGAUGAUUGCUAUUACUGACGCCAGUUUUGAGUUUUCAGCUCUAUUUGCGUCUCCCUUACGAGAGAAAUUUGGAGUACGAGUUGUGGUCACUGUGAGUGGUGUACUCAUCGGUGGGUCACUGAUAGCGUCUUCAUUUGCAUCCAGUUUGUAUCAGAUAGCGAUCCUCAUCACUCUAUUUGCCGCAUGCAGCAACAAGAACGUCAGGUUAUUAGUCCGUGUCAACGUGUGCUGUUGGUGGGUGGUGGAAUAUGAAAUAAGGGCCAGCAGUUGGUGUCACGAGUGUAGUGACCAGAGAGAUGAUUGGUCAUCAUUUCAGAGAAUCGCUUACAAUGGCACUUGGUUUGGGCGGCCUUGGAAGUUCACUUGCCUUCGUCACCAUGGUGCCCCUAACACAGUUCUUCUUGGAUACCUACGGUUGGAGGGGAACCAUGCUGUUACUCGGUGCGAUAUUCUCCCAUCUUGGUGUCUGUGGAGCUUUGAUGAAAGAACCCGCUGUAACAAGAAGUUAUGAUGAAUAUCAAACAGUUGAUGUAAUAGAAGAACCGGCUGUUACCGGUGAAGGAGAAGCAGACGCAUCAAACAGUCGUUGUCACUCUUGUCUGGAAACUGUUCACUCAUUCUUCAGUAAGACAUUCAAUAUUAGUUUGUUAUCAUCAACAUCAUUCUGGCUUAUAAACUUUAUGAUGAACAUAUGGAUGAUUAUGUACACAGCUUGGUUCAUUUACUUUGUUCCAAACACCAUUUCGAAAGGACUUUCACUUAAAGAAGCUUCCACUUGUGUUGUUAUUUAUGGAAUCGGCAGACUACCUGCAAGUGUCACCAUAGGUCCUUUGGUUCGUUACAUCCCAGGUAUAAACAACUCGGGUUGGCUAGGCAUUGGACUUGUCACACAAUGCAUCUAUUACCUCCUCGAUCCAUGGCUAAUUACUUAUUGGCCGAUUUUCUGGGCUGCUUUCAUCUUUGGCUAUUUUUCUGCGGUGCUCUUGUUGCUAUUUGACGUCAUAAUUAUUGACAUUUUUGGUGCUGAUCAGCUGGGAUCCGUUCUAGGUUUGAUUGGACCUUCCGCCGGUUUAAGCAGGAUUUUCUCUUUGUAUUUUCCAGGAUUAAUCUACGACAUUCUCGGGAGCUAUACCCUAGCCUUUACUGUAAUGGGAGGUGUCCAGUGUCUUACAGUUGUGGCUUUAUUACUUCUCGUUUGGUUACAAAGACGCCAUCCAUCUGGACUCUGAUGGGAGAUGUCUACUGUCGUGUCAGUUGCAUGCAGUUGAGCGAAAGGAUGUCUUCAGCCUUCUCGGGAAUUGGAAACUCCGAUUGUCGUCUUCCACGCAUCCCGGUCCAGGAUCAGCGUCCUAAGCAUAGUUGUUAAACCCUAGACUUGACACAAGUCUUAAACUCGUUUGAGUCUUUUUUGUUUGUUUCAAUCCCAUCGCCGAACAUCAGAAAACUCACCAGCCUGUGCCCUGCGGGACCACACUAGCUACAUUUUGACGGCGGAUAUACUUGAAUCGUGUCUAAUAAUAAACCCCAUGUAUUGUGGGCCGCCAUCUUUGAUUAAUGUGCGCGAGUGAAAAGCUUUCAUUGGCUGUGAUUCGUGCUGCUCAGCGCGUAGGCCAACGCGUGCACUUUUCCCUUGUUUAACAUCAAAGAUGGCGGUCAAUGACGUCAUGUGGAUUUCGACUAUAGACCCUGAUUAAUUUGUAAUGUUUGUAGUGACGUAACACUAUUGGGUGAAACUGUAAUUGACUAUUGGCAUUCUUGUCCUAAAUAAGGACUUGACUCCACAAAAAUAAUGGCAAUUUCGAGGCAUAUUUGUAUGGAUCAUUGUAUCCUACUUUAUUAAAACAUC